ACAAGGUGGCAGGUCAUCCUACGUGUAUUGGUUGCGACAUAUACUCGUGUGAGGCCGGAGUGAAGGAGUGAGCGGCAGUAUUCUAGGAUGGGUGGUCUGGGUCGGAUAUACGAGACGUUUGCUUUGAUCAGCUGUAGCUACGAUUAUUAGUCCAUAUACUAAGCUAAGUUUCUUGCAGACGCUGCAGGUCUGUUAUUGGAGGGAGAGACAGAGAACGUGAGGAACCAUUGAUAAGAGCGGAUGCGCCACUGUACAGCAGCCUAGAUAUCCACAUACCGGUACAACACUCUCAGUCUCAGUUUGACAGGUGCCGGGCGUAGAAGGUUCAGCAAUUUGUUAACAAGAUGAAUAUGGGGGGUGAAGUAGAAACGAGUGUGUCUGAAGGCUGGCAGUGGAGUAACCUUGUGCCAGUCAUCACAACCCUCGUCAUCCUAGUAGGGGCGUCACGCACCUAUAACAUCAUCGUCAAAACCAACCGCAGGUGGAGGUGGUGUGAGGCGGGGCGGGAUGUAGUGGUGCUUCACUGCCCAGGAAGAGGACGCUUCGCCCCCAGUAUGUCUCCCUUCGUUCUCAAGCUGGAAACCUUCCUACGCUUCGCCAACAUAACUUACAAGUUGGACUUCGAAGAACCUUUUGGAGUUAAGGAUAAGACUCCGUGGGUGACCUUCAAUGGGGAGGAGCUGACAGACUCGCAGCUGGUGAUAGAGAGAUUCACCCAGCACUUCCACCUGAAGAACACACUGACGAAGGAGCAGCGAGCCGUGGCCAAGGCCUUCACCACCAUGAUGGACGAACACCUCAUCUGGGGCCUGAGAGUGUGGCGCUACGAUAUCGACCGCGGCGCUGGAUUCCGGGAGUGCUUCCACCAUCUGCCCUUUUAUAUGAGCUUGGGCAUUCCAGUCAUAUGCUGGAAAAUGAGAAGGGCACUGUGGGAGCAGGGCAUCGGCCGCCACUCUUUCAAGCAGGUCCAGGACUUCGUCAGGCAGGAUUUGACGGCCGUGUCUGACUUCUUGGGUGACAAGAGCUACUUGAUGGGGGAGGAGGUCAGCACCGCGGACUGUGUGGUGUUCGCCCACCUGGCCAACAUUGUUUACAACUACCGCCGCUCACCCUUCCACAUCAUGGUUACUGAGGAGCUGGUUAACCUGCGGGAAUAUGUGGAGCGCGUCAGGAACACUGUGUGGCCCGACUGGCAGAGGUGUUUGGAUCCACCACAGAAUCAGCACCUAGACAUACCUGACUCCAUGAGAUUCGGAAAUAUUCUCCUAUAAAUAAACUGGUCAACUUAAGGUGGAAAACUAAAGGCAGCAACUCUAUAUAGUGACAGCAAACAUUUUCAUACAAACAGUUCAAGUUGAAGACACUUUUGGAAGGUGUAGUUGCUUGAACGAACUUGAUUUGAUUCUUUAGUGGUUUGCCUUACGCUACUAUAGAGGAUAAGUGACUUCAUCAGUCAUCCUGUCUAAGUCAGUAUGUGCUUAUUGAUGGGGUUACUUUAAGACUGUCAUCCUGUAAUUAUCAAAACUUGUAGGUACAAAUAAACAUUAGCUGCA